GCAUGGCGACUGCGGGAGGCGGCGGGUUCGAUGGGGAUCGAGGAGGAGACAGGCUGGGGAGAAACAAUGAGAGGCCGCUGGUUCCUUACUUCAUCCAAGGAGAGGACGGGACUCCGGUCGUCAAUCAGGAUUUGCGAUUGGUGCCGAACCAGGGGAAAGGGAAGAAGAAGGGGGCGAAGGCGACCACCAACGUCGCGCUUGUAAAUAACCAGGUGGCAGCUGCUGCCAACAAGGCAACGGCUGUCCGUCCGUUUGCUGUGCAGCACAAGGCGAACGCUCCGCCUGCAUCCAACAAGAAUUCUCAAACCUCACACAACGGGAAGUUUGCCGGAGGUGCCUUCCUCAACUCACCGCCUCCGAGCAGCCUCCCGUUGCCCAAGAUCGCAGCGAGGCCAGGCAUGAACCCAGUCUUCUCCGACCCAGCCAUCAUCACCAGCUCCUUCCAAGAAGCUCCAUCCCACCACAGCUCCGGUGCCAGCAGCGCCAUCGUCCCCGGAACGCGCGUCAACGCUCUGUUCCUGGACGGCCAGUGGUACGACGGGACGGUACACCAGUACGGGAUGGACUACUGCGCGAUCCUCUUCGAUGGGUAUGAGCAUGAGGGGGUCUACGAGAUCCCCGUGAGGGACGUGCGGCCCUACCCUUCCAUCCUCAGCACUCCUCCUGGGGCCAGGAACGAUCAAACGCAGGUUCCUCCACCCCUCAAGCUGGAUGCUCCUGUGCACAUGCAGGCAGAUGCAGGCGAGCGACUGAUGCACAAGAGCUCGGCGGGGAUCCUCUCCGACAAGCCCAUGGAGCCUUUUAGGUUUGCCGGAGACUCCAUUCUUGCAACGCCAGGGGCUCCUAGGGGGGGGAACGAGACGGCUGGAGUGACUUCGGUCGAAGAACUGGAGAGGAAACUGCUGUCUCACGGUCAGGCCCCUGCGCAUGGAGUGUACCAACUGCCCCAGAGAGACGAUGCGGGUUCGCAAUUACUCGCGAUGUUGAACAUCAACAGGCCUCAAGAGACGUCAUCAGCAGCUCCAGGUCACCAUACAUCAUUGCAAGGCUCUGAAAAGCCACAGGAAGCAAGCCCCUUCAAGAUGGUUCCCUUCCCGUAUGCCAACGGUGCAUCACAAGAGCCACCGGCUGCUGCCGCCAACGGAAGCAACGGAAGCAGAUCCAGCGGAUUGGUUGGCUCGAUUUUAAGUCAUGGAAAUGGACAACAACAACAUGGAGGCAGUACGACUCAGGCGCCGUUUCGACCUCUCCCGACUAGGAAGCCGACGUCGCAACUACUAGCUUCUGCCGUCAAUAGUUGAUAGUGGCAGAGAAACUCAAUUCAAGCUGUAAAUUUGGUUUCUCGUC